AUGUCUUCCAUGUUCUGCUGCUCCUCUAUCGUUCCUUACCGAGGAUCCCUCUUGAUGCACGAAAGCAAGUUCCAGCGAUUCAUGACCUGGGCUCAGCGAUCGAAGUCCUCUCCUGUGGCUAACUCGGCCUCGUACUUCCAAACUCCCGCUCAUAUCCCCGAGUUUGCAGUACAGCUCGUCCAGCAAAUUAAUUACGGCCCUGUUGAGUCCAAACGCUAUUUCAUCCCAUCCACGAAUGAUUCCACCGACGGCAACUGUGGUUUCCUAGAGGUUACCGAGCAAGAUCUGAUCAUCGGCAACUUUCAGAAGUUGAAUACAUAUAAGAACUUCAAAUGUACCACUCACAACAAGUUCUUUGAGCUUAACAUUUACCAGAAAAACCCUAUCAACAAGCAUCACUGGAGGUUCAAUAUCGCUCGUCCAUCUACCGAUAUUGAUAUCUGA